UCUUCCCUUCUUGUUUAACUAGGUCAGUAGCAAAGCCAAGGCUGCAGCACGGUGUAACAUAUAUAUAUAUAUAUAGUAUAACUCAUGGUGAUGGACGCCUCUUUCCUCUCUCCUUAUGCAAUCCUCUUCAUUGCUGGUCUUUCAUUUGUGUACCUCAUUCAUAGACGCAUAACCCCUGUGGCCUCUAAAAACCUGCCACCAGGCACCACCGGUUUGCCUUUCCUUGGCGAAAGCAUCCAGUUUCUUAGAGCUGGCCAAAAGGGUCACCCUGAAAAGUUCGUACACAAUAGAAUGGCCAAAUUCUCAUCCAAAGUUUUCAAAACUUCAUUGCUUGGAGAAACAGCGGCCGUCUUUUGCGGUUCAACAGGAAACAAGUUUCUGUUCUCCAACGAGAACAAGCUUGUUACCGCACGGUGGCCUAACUCCGUUAACAAAAUUUUCCCUUCCUCUCUUCAAACUUCUUCAAAACAAGAAUCAAUAAAAAUGCGAAAGCUCCUCCCCAAUUUUCUCAAACCAGAAGCACUUCAAAGAUAUGUAAGUGUCAUGGAUAUGAUUGCACAAAGGCACUUGGCAUCCAGUUGGGAUAACGAGCAAGAGGUGACAGAGUUCCCUCUGGCUAAAAGGUUUACAUUCUGGUUGGCAUGUCGACUUUUUUUGAGCACUGAAGACCCUCAACACGUUGCAAAAUUUUCUGAACCUUUCAAUGCUUUGGCUUCUGGAAUAAUAUCUAUUCCAAUUGAUUUCCCAGGGACACCCUUUAACCGUGCUAUCAAAGCAUCCAAUUUGAUUCGAAAGGAGUUGAGAGAAAUUAUCAGGCGAAGAAAGGUGGACCUAGCAGAGAAUAAGGCCUCACCAACACAAGAUAUACUGUCCCACAUGCUCUUGACAACAGAUGAGAAUGGACAAUACAUGAAUGAGAUGGAGAUAGCCGAUAAAAUUCUGGGUUUGCUUAGGGGGCAUGACACGGCUAGUACCGCCAUAACUUUUGUUGUCAAGUACCUUGCGGAGCUGCCACAAGUUUAUAGUGAGGUUUUGAAAGAGCAAAUGGAGAUAGCAAAAUCCAAGGAACCAGGUGAGCUGUUGAACUGGGAUGACAUACAAAAGAUGAGAUACUCGUGGAACGUAGCAUGUGAAGUGAUGAGGCUGGCACCACCCCUGCAAGGGGCCUUUCGAGAGGCCAUGACUGACUUCAACUAUGCUGGAUUCUCUAUUCCAAAAGGGUGGAAGCUAUAUUGGAGUGUGAACUCGACCCACAGGAAUCCUGAAUGCUUCCAGCCAGAAAAAUUUGAUCCAGGGAGAUUUGAAGGGAGCGGACCAGCCCCUUACACAUUUGUACCAUUUGGAGGAGGACCAAGGAUGUGUCCGGAGAAAGAACAUGCGCGAUUGGAAAUACUCGUUUUCAUGCACAAUCUGGUAAGAAGAUUCAAAUGGGGGAAGCUAGUUCCUAAGGAGAAGAUCAUAGUAGACCCAAUGCCCAUGCCUGAAAAGGGCCUUCCUGUUCGUCUCCUUCCGCACAAGGUUUUUAAUUAA